AUGGCCGACGAGGCAGGGGAAGUAAACACAGCAGUGGAGGAUCUGGAAGAAAAACAAGAGGAAGAUGAGGCCGAGGAGUCCGGCGCCGCGGAGGAGCGCGAGCCCGACGGGCCGGAGCGCAGCGAGGAGUCCGGCUCUGCUCACAGCUGGUCGGCUCCCAUCCUGUCUCUGGCUCGGAAGGCCACGGAGACGAUCAGCAGCGGGAUGAGCUACGCCGCCGCACCGAGGAAGAGUUCCCAGGGCUCCGCUGCCUGCUCGCCCACCGAGGACGAGCCCGGAACCGACCUGAACAGCACCUCCAAGAUCCUCCCAGUCCUGCCCCCCAAAGACCCCAUGUCCAUCGAGAGGUCCAACCUCCUCAGCAUGAUGAAGCUGAGCAUCAAAGUGUUGAUCCAGUCCUCUCUCAGUCUGGGCAGGACGCUGGACUCCGAAUACCCUCCCCUGCAGCAGUUUUUUGUGGUCCUGGAGCACUGCCUGAAACACGGGCUGAAAGCCAAGAAAUCCUUCAUUGGUCAGAAUAAGUCCAUAUGGGGACCGCUGGAGCUGGUGGAGAAGUUGUGUCCAGAGUCUGUCAACAUUGCCACAAGUGCCAGAGACAUGCCAGGCAUCAAGACUGGCUUGGGGAGAGCGAGGGCUUGGCUCCACUUGGCGCUCAUGCAGAAAAAGGUGGCCGACUAUCUGAAGGCCCUGCUGGACCACAAGGACCUCCUGAGUGAGUUUUAUGACUCCGGAGCUUUGAUGAUGGAGGAGGAGGGGGCCGUCAUGGGGGGACUGCUGGUCGGCCUGAACGUGAUCGACGCCAACCUGUGUAUCAAAGGGGAGGAUCUGGAUUCUCAGGUGGGCGUCAUUGACUUCUCCCUCUACCUGAAAGACCCCGUCAACAACGAGACCUCUAAAGAUGAUUCCAAGAUGACCGCCAUAUUGGACCAGAAGCACUACAUAGAGGAGUUGAAUCGUCACCUGACCGGCACCGUCACAGACCUUCAGGCCAAGAUGGACUCUCUGGAGAAGACCAACAGCAAACUGGUAGAGGAGCUGACCGCGGCAACGGACAGAAUCAACUCUCUGCAGGACGAGCAGGAGAAGCUGAGGAUGGACAACGAGUCCAUCCUGCAGUCCAGCCAGAAGAAAGAAGAGGCUGCUCUCCAGGACAGCCAGGUGGAGCUGGAGACGUACAAACAGACCCGACAAGGCCUGGACGAGAUGUACAACGUGGUGUGGAAGCAGUACAAAGAGGAGAAGCGCAUUCGCCAGGAACUGGAGCGCGAGCUGGAGCUGCAGGUGGGGCUGAAGCAGGAGAUGGAGGUGGCCAUGAAGCUGCUGGAGAAGGACACCCACGAGAAGCAGGACACCCUGGCCGCCCUGCGGCUCCAGCUGGACCAAGUCAAGACUCUCAACCUGCAGAUGUUUCAUAAAGCUCAGGACUCGGAACGACAAGCGGAGAAAAAGCAGGCGGAGGCCGAGCAGCUGGAGCAGAGGAUGAAUGAAAUGGAGAAGACCAUGAUGGAACUGGAGCAGAGACUGCAGGACUCGGAGCGGCAGCGCAAACAGAGCGACCAGUCAGACAAAGACAUGAAGGUGGAGCUGGACGGGAAGGUGGAAGCUUUGCAGAAGCAGCUAACCGACCUGGAUACUCUGAGGCUGGGUUUGGAGAGCGAGCUGCGUGCGGAGCGGGAACAGAGGCAAAGCCUGCAGAGGGCGCUGCAGCGGGAGCAGGACAACAGCGUGGAGCUGCGAACUCAGCUGCAGCAGCUGCAGGGCCUCAACUCGGAGCUGCAGGACUUGAAGCAGGAGAAGCAGCAGCUGCAGCAGAUGUGCGAGCAGCAGGAGCAGGCUCUGCAGGAGAUGGGGCUGCACCUCAGCCAGUCUAAACUGAAGAUGGAGGACUUCAAGGAGGUCAACAAAGCCCUGAAGGGUCACGCCUGGCUCAAAGACGACGAAGCCACCCAGUGCAAGCAGUGCCAGAAAGAGUUCUCUAUCUCACGCAGAAAGCAUCACUGCAGGAACUGCGGAGACAUUUACUGCAACAGCUGCUCCAGCAACGAGCUGGCCUUACCCUCGUACCCCCGGCCCGUCAGAGUGUGCGACAUGUGCCACUCCCUCCUGCUGCGGAGAAGCAGCUCCACGGCCUCCUGACAAGACACGAGCUUUCUAUCCUCAUGAGGAACGUCAUCAAGUCUGUGGGAAAAAUACGAUUUGGUGUUCCACCUGAAAUUCAGGUAUAUUAUGCUGGUGUGGGCUUCACCUUUCACCAGAAGCUGCGUUUCUAUUUUGUGCGUUUAGAGAGUGCAGGAUGACUUAGACAUGAGUUUUAGUAAAAGUGAAAGAAAUUUGUCAGAUCAGGAGAUCACAGAGCUGUACCCCCCCCCAGAUAUGGAUUUCUGGACUGUAAGAGAUGGAAAGUUUUAAAUAUUUGUUUCCAUGCAAAAUAACACCAUCAGUGUACCACUUUGAUACUAACUUGAUAAAUUGACCCGUUUUUAAUACGUGCAGUGUUUUUCUAACUGUGGCUGUAGUUUGGUGUUGCAGCUCCAUCCAGGUCAGCCGAGGCUUUCUGUGUCGCAGGGUUACGUACUUCAUCCGUCGUUCUCCCAGCUGAGGCCCCACUGCUGUCAACGAUUGUAGAUCUUUGAUGAAUCACUAUUUUAGAAUGUACUGUAACACUUCUGUGGAUCAUGUCAACUGCUACAAAGCCAUUUUCUGAAUCGAUUGAGGAAAGGAUGACCAAAUGAUUUUUAUUUAAUCAUGUUUGAUAAACAAAUAAAGCCUCCUGUUUUAAUUAGAUACUCCAGACUAGUUUAUUCACUUUUGUGUGCACAGGAAAUACAAAACGCUUCUGAAGCAGUAGAAACCUUCAUGGUGGCAGAUUUUGAAUUCACUCCCCUCCUUGAUAAACACCCCCAUCUGGGAAAA